UCUCUGACUGCAACAUCAGAAAGCAUGGCAUACAUCCUAAAGACACUCAACAGCUGGUUCUGGUGGGAGAAUAUCUGGAUGCCCAUCAACUGCACAUGGGCAGAUUUUGUGGACCGAGAGGGACUCGUGUUUCCCAAACCACAUCAGUUGUACGCCACAAUCCCGUACGCUUUUGUAUUGCUGAUCAUCCGGUUCUUCAGUGAGAGAUAUGUUGCUAUACCUUUAGCAAAAGCCUUGGGUAUAAAGAACGUAAGACGUGUGAAGCCACAGCCUAAUCCUGUGUUAGAGAGUUAUUUCCGGGAGUGCUCAAGACAACCAUCCCAAUCAGAGAUCAAAGGCCUUGCCAAGAAGUGCAACUGCACCGUCCAUUUGGUGGAGAAAUGGUUCAGGAGACGGAGAAACCUGGAGAUCCCAACCGUGCUCCGGAAAUUCCAGGAAGCUUUCUGGCGAUUUUCAUUCUAUCUGACAUCCUCCAUUGUUGGAUUUAUAUUUCUGUACGAUAAACCCUGGUUUUACGACAUAUGGCAGACGUGGGUUGGUUAUCCGUUUCAGACCUUGCUGCCAUCCCAGUACUGGUACUACAUGGCCGAGAUCGGCUUUUACUGGUCUCUGAUAUUUACCCUUGGGAUUGACAUCAAACGGAAGGAUUUCAUGGCUCACGUUGUUCAUCACCUGGCAGCCAUCGGGCUGAUGAGCGGCUCUUGGUGCGGCAAUUACGUGCGGCUUGGAACUCUGGUGAUGUUCGUGCACGACACUGCGGAUUUCUGGCUCGAGGCAGCCAAAAUGUUUAAUUAUGCUCGCUGGGAGAAAACUUGCAACAUACUGUUCAUCAUCUUCUCUAUUGCAUUCUUCAUCACCAGGAUGAUCCUGUUCCCCUUCUGGAUUCUUCGUGCCACCCUAUAUCAGCCUACCUACUACUCCACCACUCCUGUCAUAGCAUAUUUUUUAUUCAAUGGGAUGCUAUUAACCCUCCAAGGCUUGCAUUUAUAUUGGGGUUACUUAAUUUUCAAGAUUUUGAAAAGGUUCGUUUUCCUAAAGGACUUGAAAGAUGACCGGAGUGAUGAAGAGGAGGAAGAUUCUCUUACAGACACUGAAGAGGAGUCCACAAAGAGUGGCACCAAGAACAGCAGUGGGUCAAGCAAACACCUCCUGAGCAGCAGUCACCACUAG